AUGAGUCAAGACACACCAACUAAAGCAGAGCAAAGCUCUACUGAGAAGAUAUCUCCAUCCACAUCCUCAGCAGAGGCGCCAGCCUCUGCUGAGGAAUUAAAGCAAGCUGGCAACCAUGAGUACCACCUCCGCAACUUUUCCCAAUCCAUCUCUCUCUACAACCAGGCAUAUUCACUCUCUCCGAAUAUCAAGUACCUUCUCAAUAGAGCUGCCGCAGAGUACGAAUCCAAAGACUACUCUGCUUGCAUUAGCACUUGUGCUAAUGCUAUAGAGAAGGCAAGAGACCUCAACGCACUGUACCAAGACACAGCAAAGGCCUUUGCCAGAAUGGCAAAGGCUAAAAAGGCCACCGGAGAUCUAGGUGGGGCUAUAGAGUGCUAUGAAAAGGCUCUUACCGAGCACAGAACACCCACUGUGUUGGGUGAGUUGCGCCAAACACAAAAGGAAAAGAGAGAAAAGGAGGAAAAAGAGUACAUCAAUGUAGAUAAAGCAGAGGAGGCGAGGGUUUUAGGGAGGGAGUACUUUCUUGCCGCAGACUAUGCUUCCGCCGUGAAGGCGUAUAGUGAGAUGAUCAAAAGGAACCCACAUGACCCUAGAGGGUAUGUGAACAGGGCCGUGUGUUUGAUGAAGAUGGUCGAGUACGAAGGUGCAGUCAGAGACUGUACCAAGGCUAUAGAGGUGGACCCAGGGUAUAUCAAGGGGUAUAUCAAGAAGGGAGAGGCAUUGGUGAGGUUGAAGAGGUACGGGGAGGCAGAGAAGGUGUUGCAGCUUGGAAAGCAACUUGCUACUACUCAUUCAAAUGCAGAACAUUUGAAUGAAAGUAAGGAGAGUGGCUUUACUGACUCCACUGUCCCUACUAACCCCCCACCUCAAUCAAAUGCUUCGAAUUUGAAUGAGAUAGAUCGUCUCCUCUAUCAAUGCCACACCUCUGCCUCGCCCGACCAGGUCAUGGCUAUCUUGUCUGACCCCAUUAUGCAGAGCAUCCUUCAGCAAAUCAAGGACGACCCUAAUGCUUUGAAGGAGCAUAUGAAGAAUGAGGAGGUGAGGAGGAAGAUAGAAAUGUUGAUCAGGGGGGGUAUCAUCAAACUUCAAUGA